AUGACAGUCCUAUCAAAGUUUGAUUUUAAUCUUGGCGCAAUCCGACAAGAGCAUCUCCUCCUGUAUCUUCCUGCGAUAGGUGCCAUAAUUGCUCUUCGAUUGGUCCUAGGUGUCGCUUACAAUCUUUUCCUUCACCCUUUGAAAAAAUUUCCUGGUCCGAAAAUUGCGGCUGCGACGAACCUCUAUUUCAUUUAUCGCCUGACCCGUGGCGAGGAAACUUCUUGGAUCACUGAAUGCCAUGAAAAAUAUGGUGAAGUUGUCCGAUAUGCUCCUGGAAAAUUGAGCUAUAUAUCUCCCCAAGCAUGGAAAGAUAUUGCUGGUCACCGUGCAGGUGGACGCGCAGAAUUCCUAAAAGAUAUGAAGGCCUACAGUCCUGACGUAAACGGCGAUUAUAAUGUUGUAACGGAACCAACAUCAGAAUCGCACGGUCGGGUCCGCAGGGUAUUCACCAACGCAUUUAGCGACAAGGCCUUGAAACUUCAAGAGCCUCUCAUCGCUCACUAUGUCAACAAACUGAAGAAGAUCAUUGACAAAAAUGUGGCUACAGACCCAGAGACUCACAUUGAUCUUGUGAAAUUGUACAAUUGUACAACUUUUGACAUUAUGGGAGAUCUCACCUUUGGGGAGCCGUUAGGUAUGUUAGAUACCGGCAAGUAUACGAAAUGGGUCAGAGCAGUGUUUGAGAGUAUCAAAGUCCUUUCCCUCUCUCGCCUGGUAAAAGAGUACCCUGCAUUGGGGCUCGUCAUGAAAGCAUUGAUGCCUCCAUCUCUACGCGGUAAAGACAUCGAACAUUUCCGGCACGCCGCCGACCGCGUGGAUAAACGACUUGCGAAAGGGACCGACAUCGGUAAAUCUGAUAUCUGGAAGCUUGUUCUAGAAAAUCAGAAAGUUCAAUUGCCUCUCUCAAAGAUGCAUGCAAACGCGUCAGCCUUCAUGGUCGCUGGCACCGAAACAACAGCGACAUUGCUAAGCGGACUGACCUAUUUACUGCUUAUGCAUCCAGACAAGAUGAAGAAAGUCGUUGAAGAAGUGCGUGCCCUGCCACAGGAAGACCUGACGCUUGAGGUGUUGCCACGUCUGCAAUAUUUGAGUGCAUGCUUUCAGGAGGCCUUUCGAUGCUAUCCACCAGUACCAAUCGGCCUACCUCGAGUAGUGCCACCGGGAGGCGGUUCCAUAUGCGGCGAAUGGGUGCCAGAGAAGACAAGCGUUGCUGUGUCCCAAAAAGCUGCCUAUUCCUCUCCUUUGAACUUCAAAGAUCCAAAAGACUUUAUCCCUGAGCGAUGGCUACCUGGUUCCGGAUACGACACAGAUAGGAAAGACGUGUUACAGCCCUUUUCCUAUGGGCCACGUAACUGUAUUGGAAAGAACCUAGCAUAUCAUGAGAUGCGUAUCAUUGCUGCUAUGAUGCUGUGGCAUUACGAUCUUGAAAUAUGCCCUGAGAGUAAAAACUGGAUAGAUCAGAAAGCGUUUACUCUGUGGGACAAACCAGAGCUUAAGGUGAAGAUUACACCUGUUCAGAGAUGA